AAAACUGCCUUUCUGCUUUUGGAAAUAAAGUUCUCGGCGCGCCUAUGGUUUCCUUAAAGUUACUGUUUCCAAGAGGCCAAAAAUUGAUAUUUGCGCACAGGCUUCUUUUUCGAACAUUUUGCGAAUUAUGCACAAUCGCGAAAAGUACUAAAACAUCAAAUGUCUUCUCGAUUAGAUGAAGAUGUUUGACAGGAUGUCGUUGCACAGAUUGUGGAUACGGUUACCCAUCAAAGUCACAGCGUUUUUCGAAAUCGGUAAAAGUUUUAUGUUAUCAAUAUGUUUAACAGGAGGUCACAUAGGAUAAUUCGAGAGGCGUUAAGCUACAAGUGUAGACUUGUUUGGUGGCACUUAUUUGCUGUUUCGAAUGUAACAAUGGAAAUGGAGGUCAUUUGUAUCUCGUCUGAUGAUGAAUCUGACUCCCAAAAGGAAAAUAAGGAUAAAUUACCGACCAAAUCUAUAGAAACUGGUAUUGGAGCCUGUGCUCAUGGAAAAACGGAGACUUUAUUCAUCGAUAUUGACAAAAUUGAAGAGAAUAAUCUGAAACGAAAGAAAUUACAGACAGAUACAAAUGUGAUAAUACAGACGGAUUUUAUAAUGGAAAAAAGAAGAAGGUUAAAUCUUGAUCAGGGUACAUCUAAGGUGAUAAACAAGUCUGUACCUAGCCAAUGCUCUAUAAAUGUACCUGAGAUACAGUUUGUGAAAUCUGAUUGUAAUGCAAAACUAAAUAAGAACCUGCCAGACCGGGAAGUGAAAACUGAAAAGAUACAAUUGAUCGUGAAGGAGAAGAAAAAAAUAUCGUACGUUUCGCAGGACGUUUUUCCACUGUUUAUAAGCUUAUGUCUGCAAAAAUGUCCAAAGGGCGAUAAAAGGGAUAUGGAUAAGAUUGUUGAUAAGUUAAAAAGACGUUAUGAAAAUUUGGAUCCAAUUUACGCUGCGUCAGAAAAUUUUGUCACAUUUUUAAAUGAAAAGCGUGAAGCUAUUACAAGUAAUAGCAGAAAAAUAUACGUGCAUAUAGAAGAAGUGAUGAACGAGAUGAGGAAAAAGAAGUCCCAGGCAUUGCAAAAUAAUGAAAUCUAUGAUGCAGUUCCUUCCACUUCCUAUGCUACAAAUAAUGUACCAGUUAAUAUUGAAGUAGAAUCGGAUGACGAAGAUGAUGCUGAUAAUGAAGAGAAUGCAAACUCCAAGACAAGAAGAAGGAUCAAAGAAGUAACGAAGGCUAUGGAAAAAUGUGAGAGAAGGAUAAAAAAAUUGGAAGAGGAGGAAGUUGAUUUUAAUGAGGAGAAUGAUAGUAAUUAUAUGAAAGUCGUAAGGUAUAAGGAGAAAAUGGUGGAAUUAUAUGAUAAACUUUGUGAAUUAACGGGAGAAAAUGCUGAUGCGGGGCGCGUAUAUUUGCGUCCUAAACAUUUUAACGUAACUCGAAUUGUUGCUGUGGAUCAAGCAAUAACGAAUUUUAUCAACUCUAAAAUUACUCGACGAAAUCAAAUGAAAAGAACGGGAGCGCUUAUAGAUGAUUUAAUAUUCCCUGAUCACAGGGACAUUUUGGAAUGUGUUAAUCGGUGUAAUGAGAGAAAAAAAUUAGGUCUAGACGAAAAUAAACGAGAAAAAAUAGCACGGAAAGCUUUCGAAGAACUUGGAGAACACUUGCAACGCAGUAGGCGCAAAGAUUAUUGGGACACAUUUUCUUUAUAUCUUGAAGACACCGAAGAAGACCCAGCUAUAAAAGAUGAAAAUUUAGCGAAAAAACUAACUGAUAAUCGUACUGAGGGAGAAAAACGAUUAGCUGCCGUAUUCGAAGAAUAUGUAAAGAAACAGUUUGAAAUGAAAGACGAAAAUAAUGAAGAAGCACCUUUGGAAGAGGAGGAUGAGGAUGAAGAAAUGGAAGAAGAAAGUAUUAUAGAUGAUGAAGAUAAAAACGAUGAAAACUCAUCUAUGACAAGUGAGAAUGAUAGUGAUAAUGAAGAAGACAUAGAUAAAACCGUUAAAGAAAAUAGAUCACCUACGGAAAAAAAUAAAUCUAAUUUAAGUGUAUAUCAUGCUGUGGAUAAAGCUAUUUCGAAUAAAACUAUGGCGGAUACCCUACAACAGAAAUGUAACAAAUUACUUAAAAUAAAAAUUUUGAAAAAUAAUGAUGCAGCAGUAUCAAAGAAUGAGAAUAAAACAAUUAACGAGAAGACAAUACACGAGCCGUAUAGUAGCAGUACUAUCCUAAAGGAUGUUGUAAAGGAAAUGACGCAAGAGGACUCACCAGCGGGUUUGACAACAAAAUGCACAAGUGAAGAUCUAGCAGAGGUGGAAGCAAUUGAAGUAUCCGAAGUGAUAACAGGUCCUGCAACAAAGAAGGUAACAAAGGAUGUGACAGAUACAAUAACCGCAGUUACAACAGAACUGAUAAUAGGAAAUGCAGCCGAUCUGAUAACAGGGGAUGCUGCAGAGCUGAUGACAGAGGAUGCUGCAGAACUAAUAACAGAAGAUGUAACAGAGGAGAUAACGGAAAACACAACAGAAAUAAUAACGGAUGAAACAGAGAUAAUAACAGAAAGUGUGAUGGAUGAACCAAUCGAGAAUAUACCAAACGAUGAGCAACCUGAAGAGGAAAAGAAGCCUGUAUUGCGAUUACGUUCAUUCGCUAAACCUCCCACGACUUGGGAGGACAAUCGGCACAAAAUGGAUAAGACCACUCAAGAAAAUGCGCCAAAGAUAACAAACCAGAAUAAAGAAAUAGUUGAUUUGACUAAUGAAGGAACAGCCAAGCCAUUGCCUGUUGUUGCUAAGCGCACUAUGCUAGCGGUUGGAAAUAAAAUAAUUCCCAAGAUAAUUCCCGUAAUGAAACGUCCGACACUGGUUAGGCGUAUGCCGAUAAAUAGGAAUAUAAUCAGCGUCCAAAAUAUUACAAAUAAUUACUUGAAGGUGAAUAUGCGAACGGGAGAAAUAGAACCUGUCCGCGACGUCCGUGGAUCUACGAUAAUCCAAUUGCCUCUUCAAAGUACCAGUCGACAAAGUCAACAAAACGCGAAUGCUGGAAACGAGACGAUAGUAAUUAAUCGAAUUGUACCUAGCAAGAUUAUAAGCAUAAAGAAAUCGACAGUGCAAUCUGUCUCUAAGGAAACUGAUGUGAGUUCAUCGACGACCAAAUCCAAAUGACUCAAACAUAUAGCAAGGGCUGUCCUUUUAGAUCAUUGUUAUGGAAAAAGCAACAUUGAUCUGAUCAAUUUGGCAAGAUGAUUAAUCUUGAUGUUAUAUGAAGUAUAUUCAAUGUCUUUACAAAACAUUUCUAAUUUAAAAGCCAAAUAUAUAAAGAGACACGUUAAUAUAAUUAAUAUAAUAAUCCUUAAUAAUAAUAAAUCUUUUUUAAUUAAUCUAAAUUGUAUUUUAUGAUGAAUAUAUAGUGCCUUAGGACAAAUAA